GAAGGUAACGUUGUAACAUUAUCUAUCAACCCCCUCUAGGUUUGAUUGAGGACGUUACAUGUCAAAGAUAUCGUUCAAAAUCACUCUAACUUCAGAUCCUAAUUUACCUUUCAAGGUACUAAAGGUUCCUGAAAACGCACCAUUUACUGCCGUCUUGAAGUUUGCUGCUGAAGAAUUUAGCGUACCAGCAGCAACAAGCGCUAUUAUCACAGAUGAUGGGAUCGGUAUAAAUCCUCAACAAACAGCAGGUGAAGUGUUUCUUAAACAUGGAUCAGAUUUACGGUUAAUCCCUAGGGAUCGUGUUGGUGGCCUGUGAUAUUCUUUUUCCCUUGUUUAUUGUGAUCAUUUUGUAUGUCAUAUCUGUAUUUAUUUAUCUGAAAAGACUAUUUGAAUCCUGACGAUUCCCACUUACUAUAAGUUUCCUAUGUAAAAGAAAUGUUGUAAUCAUGAUGAUUUUUUCCUCUUGUUAUGUAAGUGAUCGGGUACCUGUAAGACAAUCAGCUAGUCAUCUUGACCUCCCGCACAAAAGUUCAAAUAUGUUUGAACCUUUCUUCAAAAAUCAACACAUGAAUCUCCAAGAAAAUGUUUGAUAGUUUCUUAUCAUGCUGUUUGUUAUACUCCUCAAUCCUAACUAUGCAGUACAUUUGCUUAACUUUUUAGACUCAUCUAAACUGCUUUCAGACUUUUGCUACUGAAGCACUUGAAUCCAAAAUCUAUCUGACUUCUGAAAAAACAUACAUUAAUUUGUCAUGAAUCUACUGUCAAUUCGUCAUCCUUGACUCAUCAACUUAUAAGUGUUAAGUUUUUUCCCUGAGUAUACUAUAUCAAUUGAAAUAAGUAGCCAUUCAAUUUAUCUAGGAAAUGUUCUCUCGUAAUGACUUUCAGACGUUCUUCUAGCAUAUGACUGACGUAUUGCCAUAAAUUCAGUCUAUUUAUUGUUGGCUGUCAAAUUACACACUUAACGAAUCGACUGUAAAAGCCACCAGUCUCUUCCAAAAGUUGUCCGAACACACCAGUAGAGUAAUUAUUCCAGUACAUAGUAAGUAUUACCAUUCCGCUUCCUAAUCUAAUAUCCACUUAGCUGAACAUGAAUCUUAGGAAUGGUUCUUCCAGUUUCGUUUAUAGCUCAAUUAAUCGGGAUGUAAGUGAUUUUGAACAGGUUCCCUGACGGUUUAGCAAAAUACGGGAACGUAACGUCUUAGUUUCGUCUCACUAUUUAGUAAGUUGCCAGUUAGGAAAAGUACUUAGUUUGGUAACAAUUGACGGUUGGUUAUAGGAUAUGGCUACUCAUAAGUAGUAUAAACAAUUCAAAAAAUAUGUUUAACAUCGUGUUCGGUACGAAGAUAAAUAUCUCGGGGAGUUUUGCCAUAGCUGUUCAAUCGAAAUCGGGUUUAAUAUUAUCCUUUGCUUUAUAUCCUACACUUCACUGAAUAUUAACUUAUGGGGCUUCCUAAUAUAAUUCACAAAUUAGAGAUGAUUUGUUGCCUAUCCUAAAUAUCACGAAAUUCCACAAGGGAUAGAAAGUAUUUAGACUAUUAAAAAUGAGUGUCAAAUUAAUGUAUCUUGAUUUGGCUAUGGAAAAAUAAUUGCGUUCUUGGCACUAUGCAGUAAAAAACCUUGUUGCUAUGUACCGAAUCCAUCAAGCUAAUCAUGAAAUUACUUUACCACUAUCAAAAGCAUAGAUUACUCACGACUGCCACCCCCCCUGUGAAAGAGCAUAGGCCGCCCAUCAGCUUUCGCCAUCCAACUCCGUCGUGGGCAGUACUUCCCAGAUGUUUCCGAUUGCUAUUCAUUCUUUUGGUAUUUUCUUCCAAUUCUCGACGCUGUGUUCCUUGGCCUUCCCCUUUUACGUCGCCCAUCACGAUUCAAAGUUAGCGCUUACCUCAUGACUCUGUUGCUGAUUUCCUCAAUGCAUGUUCUAUUCACUUUCACCAUCCUCUUCUUUUCAGCUGGAAGCUGGUUUGUUCU